UUGUGAACUUCCUUUUUAAAUGUCUUCAUCACCACCCUUGUGAAUUACCUGUUUCUGGAGUUUGAUUCUUACUUUUCUUAUUUGUGUGAUCCACUUGUCAAUUCUGAUUUCAUUCUGAGAUUGAUACAUGGUAACUGGUUAAAUAUAAUGUUUACAUAGCACAGAAUUCUUCUACAGACAUGUCAUGUUGAACAGACAUUUCACCCAUUUUGAGUGUCUUCAGACAAAGUGAAAUGGCCCUGUUCAUCUUCAUAACCUUUCAGCUUUUACUGCAGGUUAAAUCACAAGGUUUUCCGCAGGCUAACCUGACAAUAUUUCCUACAUCUGCCACCUCUGGAGAAAAGGUGCAGAUGGAGUGUGGAGGUUAUAAGAAUCAUCGUGUAUCUGAAUGUAUGUUCUACCCUGAAGGACAGGAGAGCUUUAAAAAACCAAGUGCAUCGUGUAACCUCACUCUUACCAGCACCGAACUGAUCCUGUGGUCACAUGAUGCAGAGAGUUCACAUGUCAACAUAUCCUGCUACUAUACUGUGUAUAGCUUAGCAGUAAAUGAAACAUCUCCUCAUUCCAACAAAGUCUCAGUAAGGGUCAGAGGUUUGGCUGCCAUGUCAUCUUUGCCACCGAUCACAGAGGACAGCCCAACUACACUGACCCCCAAUGGAACCACUGAAGCAAAUUUAUCCACUGCGUCAACAAUGGACACAACAACACCUUUGGCUGUAGCAUCCAGUACUGAAAUCAUAACAGAUCCGAUAACCAAUAUGACCAGUCUAACUACCAAUGACAGCCAGAGUUCAACAGGUCCUGCAAAUGCAUCCCUGGAAUCGACUACAGUUACUGAAACUACAGAACAUACAUCAGGCCCUGAAAUACUUAAGUACUUAAAUAAAAAAAUUUUUUUCUCUAUUUCUGUGGUUGCAACUGGUGGAGGAAUUGUACUGACUGGACUGUUUGGCAUCUGUUUAUACGGAUGUACACGAAGGCCAAAGGACGAGAGGAUUUGGAUUGAAAGAAAGAGUAGAAAACAGGGAGUUCCUUUACCAAUGGCCGGUUCAGACUCAUCUGGUGAGGAAGAUACAGCAUUUUACUCAACCAUCAACUCUGUACAAUCCACCUCUCAACCAUCAGGAAACAGUAAGAAAUCAAAGCAAACCAAGAUGGAAUUGAAUCCUUUGUAUUACACUGUCCUCAAACAACCACUCGUCUCCACUGACAACAAGGAUGUUUACAGUGUGGUGACGGUCAACUGACAGAAUCCAACUCUGCCCGCUACUAUUUUAAUUUAGAACAGAAUUGAUCAGUCUUCAUUUUAAACAGAAUUUAAUACUCAAUAGCAAAUGCAUGUUAAACAUCUGCUUUCUAAACAAUACAAGACUUUCAAAACUGUCAUAGAUCACAAACUUCAAUCAGUUCACUUGUAUUUUCACACGUGUAGCCACAUCAAAAAGCACAGCAUGAAUGCAUACUGUUACGCAAUGCUUAACAAUUAUACUGUGUUAUUAUGAAUGGCAGUUGAAUGACUCUGAAUAUUUUCACCUGAUGUUCAUCAUUUAAAGCAACUCAUUUUGACUUUCACUCUUAGAAGAAAAGGUUUUCUCAUAUUUCUCAAUUUUUUUGCCAUAUUGAGUCAAGAACUUCGGGAUUCUAUGUAGAACCCUUUUGAACCUUUGUUCUAAGAGUGAGAUAUUUUUGCAUGGUUUUUUUUGUCCAUUUCAUUUGAUCUAAAAUUCCCACUUCCUUUUGUUCAAAUGGUCUCAUGAGUUUUUUUGUCAGAUUAAUUAGUAAAAUUUGAAUUGCUGAAUAAUCAUAUAAAAAAGUUUUCUGGUCAUAGCAUGUCAUGGGAAUUAAAAUACAAAAAAACUGCUACACAUUUGUACAAAAAGACCUAACUUGUAUUGUUUGCUGUUGGAUUAUGUAAUAGCUCAUGUGUCUAAUUCGAAAAGAGAUCUUUAUGUUUUUGUGAUUAAACCAAAGACCUAAUUACUUUUUACAAA